CAGGAUGAUAGACCAAGGGCGUGGGGCGAGCACGCAACUCGCGCAUUGCAGGAGCGGUAACGUCGUCGUCCAUUGUUCUGUUUUCUGGCGCCCAUCGCCCGUUGCUUUCUCUUCACACCAACAUCCAAUCCUAUUUGUUUGUUGCCUGUCGACCAGCAAAACCCCUCCACUCGCUCUCAGUACAGACAGACAGACACACACACACACACACACACACACACACACAAACACAAGGGAAGAUGGCGACUAUGGCGGCAGAGCAGCAGCCGUUGCUGGUGGAGGACCCUCUCUGCGAGGAAGACCUAUCGAAGCACCUGCUCGACUUUGAUCCCAAUGGCGACUCUGACAACCCCAGAGAGUGGCCGACGCCCUUCAAGUGGACCAUUGUCGGCCUGCUGGCCCUCACGGCCUUCACUGUGACCUUCACCUGCAUCUCAGUCGUGCCCGUCGCCGCGCGCAUCAUAGAGGACCUGGACCAUAACGAGGGCACAAACUCCCCCGCGAGCGCUCUGCUCGUCACCAUCUGGGAGCUGGGCGAGGCCGCGGGGCCCCUGCUGAUCGCGCCGCUGUCCGAGAUCUACGGCCGCUACCCCGUCAUGAACGCCGCCAACAUCCUCUUCAUCACCGCCACCGUCCUCGCCGCCCUCAGCGCCAGCACCCCGCUCCUCAUCGCCGCCCGCUGCCUCACCGGUCUCGCCGUCGCCUCCAACGUCCUGAACCCGGCCAUCAUCGGCGACAUGUUCCUCCCGGACAACCGCGGCUCCGCCAUGAGCAUGGUCUCCCUCGCGCCCCUCAUCGGCGGCGCCGUCGGCCCCAUGAUCAGCGGCGCCAUCGCCCAGACCCUCGGCUGGCGCCAGGUCCUCUGGAUGAGCGCCGGCCUGGCCGCCGUCUGCGAGCUGCUCUUCCUCACCUGCUUCCGGGAGACCUACAAGAUGACCAUCCUGAGGCGCCGCGCCGCCAAGCACGCCGACGAGCACGGCGCGCCCCUGCACCCGGCCGGCGUCGACGACCACAAGAGCAUGCUCAAGCUGUGGGAGUCCGUCAAGCGGCCGUUCCAUGUGCUGUUCAAAUCCCACGUCUUGAUGGGGCUUUCUCUCUUUGGCUGCGUGACGUUCGCCUUCUUCUAUGUCAUGUCCAUCAGUUUGCCCGGCAUCCUGCAGGAUGUGUACGGGUUCUCGCCCGCCCUCACCGGCCUCUCGUUCAUGUCGUUCAGUGUCGGAUCCUUCAUCAGUGUCCUAGUCAGCAACUUCAGUCUGGACAGGAUCUAUAUCAAGCUCCGCGGAAACGAUCCUGUAGGACGCCCCGAGUACCGCCUCCCGCUCGUCAUCAUCGGCGCCUUCACCCUGCCUCUCUCCAUCACCGCGUACGGCUGGAUCGCACAGCUCCACCUGCCUGUCGGCUUCCUUCUGCUGUCGGUGGCAAUGCUUGGCUUCACCCUCCUGAUGGCCUCCCUGCCGCUCUCCGCCUACGUCGUCGACGCCGCCGGGUUGUACUCCGCUUCCGCGAUGACCGGCGUCAUCGUGACGCGGUGCCUCGCCGGCACCUUCCUGCCGCUAGCCAGCGGGCCGCUGGUGCAGACGUUCGGGUAUGGUUGGGGUUUCACGAUGCUGGGGGCGUUCAGCAUGUGUUUGGCGCCCAUCCCGGUCGUCAUUAUGAGAUACGGCCACGUCUGGCGCCAAAAGUCCGAGUAUACGAGAGAUGCCUGAGCUGCCAUGAGUUCACGAGACAAAUGUCGAUUAAACGUUAUCAAGGAUCGGAAAAGUCAUUUACUAUCAUGAUUGGGAAUUAUUGCUACUUAGAUCGUAGAAGUGUUAUUCGCUUGAUGGGGAAAUGGAGUUGAGUACAAGUUGCACUUAAAUAAUAUUGUAAAUAGAGCAAAGCCCCCUUGUUCACCAUAGAAACAGCAAAUGUAGCGGGGAUGGAGAGUGUUGAGUAUGUUUUGCU